AUGUGCUUUGAAGCACUUGAUCGAACGCUCAGGGAUCUUAUGCCAGUUACCGAUCAACAUAAGACACAUCAACCAUUUGUCGGUAAGGUUGUUGUUCUAGGAGGUGAUUUCAGACAGAUACUUCCGGUGAUUCCAAAAGGGAGUAGACACGAUAUAUUGUCAUCAGCUAUUAACUCAUCCCAUCUGUGGUCGUUUUGUAAGGUUCUGAAACUGCAUACAAAUAUGAGACUUCUAAUGUCUUCUUCGGAUCAAGAUGAAGGUGAAAUGAAGAGAUUUGCUAAUUGGAUACUAGAUAUUGGAAAUGGAAAUAUUGAUUCUGUUGUUGGUGAUGAAUCAGAAGUUGAAAUUCCAGAUGAUAUGUUGAUUACAAUUACUGAUGACCCUCUCUCUCAUUUGAGUAGGACAAUUCUUGCACCCACGUUUGAGAGUGUCGAGAAGGUAAUCGAUUUUGUCUUAACAAUCUUUCCAGGGAUAGAAAAGGAGUUUUUGAGUUUUGACACAACAUGUCAAGCUGAUGAGAAUGAAGAUGUAAAACAAGAGUGCUUUGCACCAGAGUUCCUAAAUGAUAUCAAAUGUUCGAGACUUCCCAAUCACAAGUUGACUUUGAAGCCAGGAGUCGCUAUAAUGCUACUGCGAAACAUAGACCAGACUUCAGGUUUCUGCAACGGGACAAGAUUAACAGUUAAUGAACUUGGCAACAAUGUAAAUUGGAGCAACGAUAGUGACCAGUAG